GUCCAGCAGCAGCAGCGGCGGCGGCUGAGCGGAGCGGAGCGGAGCGCAGGUCUGAGCGCUCGGGAGGGUUCACCGUGACCCCGAGCUGCGUUUGCAGGGAGGAGAAGAGCCAGAUAAACGGGACACGGACCACGUCAUUUAUCCCCAAACACAGACAGACAACGCUUUUCUUCCCCCCUCCGGCGCGGCAGACAGACAGCAACAGUUGUCACGAUGUGUGAGCGGAGAUGAGGCGGAGUGAAGGAGUGAAGAUCCGGGCUGGGCAGGACGGGAUGAGACAGCCGUCCUAGUCAGCCGCAGCCGCGCAUCUGUAUCUGUGCUGCGGGGAUUUGUCCGUCGUUGAAGCUCCGUGUUGGUCGGGGUUUGUGUCUGAUAUGUGAAUGCAGACGGCAGGGUUUGUGUGUGAUAUGUGAAUCCAGACGGCAGGGCUGCUCAUGUUCCGCGCAGCAGGGAAACGCGCUGUUGCGUCUGCGGAGAGUCUCAGCUGACGCGCCUGAGCUGAUCCAGCAGCAGCCGGGCCGAGGCACCGAGCAGCAGGAACCCCCUCCCCGUUUCCCACCCACAAACCCCCGCCACCAUCUCUCUCCCCCCUCGGUUUGCAUGGGGGGGAAGCAGAGCACGGCGGGGCGGCCCCGGGGAGCGUUCCCCGGCGUGUCCUCGGAUGACAGCGCGGUGCCACCGUCGGCCCACUUCGGCCACUACCGGCCGGGCGGCGCCAUGGGCGCCAUGGGCCUGCGGAGCCGCUCCGUGAGCUCCGUGGCCGGCAUGGGCAUCGACCACGGCUCCUCCGUGCCCUUCGGCUUCUACACCCCCAGGGGGGGGACGGACUCGGAGCGGGCCGGGGGAGGGGGCUCCGGGGGGACCACCGCGGCCCCCCACGGGCCCGCCGGGGGCGGGGGGGGACACCACGGGGACGGGCUGCUGUAUCUGGGGUCCCGGGGGUCGCUGGCUGACUCCCUCCCCCUGCACAUCACACCCCGCUGGUUCAGCGCGCACAGCGGAUUCAAGUGUCCUGUCUGCUCCAAGUCUGUGGCGUCCAAUGAGAUGGAGGUUCACUUCAUCAUGUGUCUAAGCAAGCCUCGCCUCUCUUACAAUGAUGAUGUUUUGGCGAGGGAUGCCGGUGAGUGUGUGAUCUGUCUAGAGGAACUGCAGCAAGGGGACACCAUAGCCAGACUGCCGUGCCUCUGCAUCUACCACAAAAGCUGUAUAGACUCAUGGUUUGAGAUCAAUCGUUCCUGCCCUGAACACCCCUCUGACUGACUGACCAUCUGGCCCACUCUGAAUAUUGUUCAAGGACAUGUGGUGGCCCUGCCAUGGAUGUCUGGACGCAGAAGCAACCAAAUCAGAUGGAACAAUCAAAGUGAUCGUCACGCACUUUUCCUGACAGAAUCCAUCUCUCAAGAUACCCAGUCCUUGUGAAAUUAACCAAAAAAGUGUGACUGUCAAACCAUCAUACAUGAAAAGGACCUGUAUGGAGCUCUCCAUUUUACAUCUGCUGGUGAUAUUGCUUACAACCCAAACCCUCUCCUCCCUCCCCUCAGACCUCAUCAGGCCACUCGAGUCCCUCAAAGGCUUUCAUCUGCUGCCCAAAUAGACUCAACCACAGCUAGUUCCCCCCUCAGACUUGCUCAGGUCUUAGCAGGCCCCACAUUUCGAUUCUGGGUCCAGGCCUGACCGUCCCUUGUGUCCAGGCUUUCCAUGGCCUUAACUGGGGAGAGGAGAGGAAGGGAACCCGGCGAGGAAGGAGAGCAAGAGGGAAAAAAAACGGUAAAAGGAGGUACAGAAGCUAACCAAGAGAGACUUGUACACUAUUCAGUGGGCCUCGUAUCUCACACAACAGGACUCUGCCGAGGUGAUGAUCUCUCAUAACAGACUGGCUCCGAGCGCGCGCCUGUCUUUUAGUUCUUGCCUCAAUUGUGCACACCUCCUCACCAGUUUGACUAAGAAUAAUCAAAUUUUAAAAAGUACCCACAAUGCUUUUUAGAUCUGGCUUGUGUGUGCCUGGGCAAAAAUAGAGGUGUUCAUCAAACUGGGGGUGUCCGCUUGUCUUGUAAGGGUGGUCUGGUUUUGGGGGAAUCUGAAGAUGGACUGGGGUGUAGCAUAGAGGAGCUGUCUGAGCAUGCUCAGCCCUGACUGUGGGAGGAGGGGGGUGGGGGGUAAUGUAGUUUACGCUCUUACCGUGUAAUGUGUGUGUUUGGGAUCCACCAGUGUCAGGAUUUACCUGGUAUGUCCACUGUGUGGGUGUUGUGAGUGCUUGGAUUGAUGACAACAUAGCUUUUUUGCAGAAGCCUUUUGUGUGUGUGUGUGUGUGUGUGUGUGUGUGUGUGUGUGUGUGUGUGUGUGUGUGUGUGUGUGUGUGUGUGUGUGUGUGUGUGUGUGUGUGUGUGUGUGUGUGUGUGUGUGUGUGUGUGUGUGUGUGUGUGUGUGUGUGUGUGUGUGUGUGUGUGUGUGUGUGUGUUUGAACGUCAAAGGUCAUUGUAGAAGGCCAACUGGGACAGUUCUGUAUGUGUGUGUGUCUGUAUUUUGAAAUGUUUACAGUCUAGAUGUCCAUGUUCAGUGUGUGCGUGAGAGAGAUAGAGAGACAGAGAGAAAGAGAGAGAGAGAGACUGGCAGUCCUCCCUUUACUUUGCUGAUGUUUACAGCUACAGAGAAGCAACAUGACAUAUUGUAAAUUUCACAUCAGUUUUUUCUCUAUCAGAUCUGCCAGAUUUUUCAUGUGAUCAUGACUAGUCAUUUCUUCAAGAGAGCCUCAAGUGUGAGAAUGAGUGUGACUGUGUGUCUUUGUUCAUAUGACUGUUUGCAUGGAGAGAUUACUGAAUGGGCCUCCUGGGCACAAGCCCAAGGGCCCAAAAAGUCAGCAGGCCCCUUGUUCAGAAGCCACUGUCUGGAGUGACUUCUACAAAGUGGCACAAAUUGGACACAAAGUAGCACAAAUGUGGCCUCAAAGAGAAUGAAAAUGAUCCAAAUUUAGCUCCAAGACACUCAACAUGAGUAUAGCAAAUUCAAUUAUCACAACUAAAAUUAGACCCCAGGCAACUACAAAUAGAUUAAAAACAGUUGCAAAAUGACGACAAAAUUAUGUUGUUUUUGGUUUAAACAAUGUCACCAAAAACAACAGAGUGGCUCAAACGAGCCAUAGAAAGGUUAGCUUGUGGCUAACUUAGCUAUGCUUCAAUCAUUGUCUAAACCACCACAUUUCUGGUUUAACCGGCAGCUGUACCAGAAGCUGGAGAGACGUAAAAAUCUCCUUUUAAGUGAGGUAACAUUUAAGUACCUCACUCAACUUAUGCCUCGGAUAUGUCUGUGUAGUGAUCAAAAAAGGUUUUCCUUUUUUUUUUUAAAUCUACAGUUUUUUUUAAGUCAAAAUUGAUAAACUUGUUUUUUCCUUUAAAUGUUUCCCUUUUGCUGCACUUUUUCCCCCCUCAAGUGGUCAAUGUUUGCCUUUGCACGAGCCCCAGCAAGCCACAGCUAGCUGGGUUUGUUUUGGGUUUGUUUUGCUAGCUCUACUUGAGUUUAAACCUUAAGCUCCCAAGUCUAGUCUGCUUAAAGCGUAACAGGUGAAUGCGCCUUCACAGGUCGCGUGAAAAAUUCAGUCCAGCCAAAAAUUGACCCCCAAACAGAAUCUUAUCUAAGGCCCCCAAAAAGCUAGCGGGCUAUUCACCCUUGCUCUUACAGUAACUGAUUAACCUGCGAGAGACUACUAUUGUCAGACCAUCCACCUUCCAUCUCAUAGCUGCCAUCUCCACAGACAGAUACACAAGAAAGCAGCACAGUUUACCUCGACAGUGAACACAUCAAUUUAAGCGCUAAUUAUUGUAACCAGACUCAGUCAUUCAGGAAGAAGAGACACUCAAUCACAUUAGCAUAUCUGUUUUAGAUGGGACUCAAGUAGAGAAACCUGGAUUUUUGACCCAUUGUGUAACUCGACAUUGACACAUAAUAUCCGACAGUGAUUUAUUUAUUUAUGUUUUCAUGACUAGAAUUAUGGGGGGAAAAGCUUAAAUGUGCAGACGAGCCACAACAAAAUUGGAAUCCAUGAUUUGAAAGCAAACUUCAGAGUUGUGACGUACACUUCAGCUUUUUUGGAUUUAGCGGUUGGAGUCUAAACAGCUUACAUGAAAUUGUAUUUAUUUUUAUUUAUAAUUCACAAAAAUGCAGAGGAGACAUUUAGUGAUUGAUAUGAUAUUUUUUAGGACACAACAUAUGAGAUCAAGCUAACCUUAAGCUGCAGAUUAAACCAGAGGUCACUGGACUAUCUCAGAUUAAACUCUUAAUCUCAGCUAAACACAGUAAACUCAGAACAAAGACAAUGUAAAUAUAGCUGCAAUAUAACUCAUACCUGUGCCAAGGAGAGUCAAAAGGAUUGAAAACAGCUGGAGAUCAUCCACAACGGCUACAACCAACUACAAAUGAUUUUGAACUGUUGCAAAGAAAUUUAAAAUAACUAAUAUGGAAACCACGGUGGAAUGGCAUGAAAUGACUUUAAGCAACUAAAAAAAGAUUUCUUUAAAGUACAAACUUGAAAAUGAGUCAAAACAAUGUCAGUCUCAAACUUCAAUAUGUCAAAGCUUCAAGGAAAUACACUAAAAGCUAACUCACAACAAGUCAGGAUAACUGUAGAAUGACUAAAAACACGUAAAAAGAAUUUUGAAAGAAAUUGCAUCAACUAACACUGAAUCAAUAUGAUAGAAGACAGUUUCAAGAAAUUUUAAAACAAGCUGAAGCAGGGUAGCCUAUAAAAAACAAUCAGUGAGCUGAAGCCAUCUGGAUUGAAUAGCGCAAAAAAUAGCGCAGACUUGAUGCAAAAUUAUUUCAAAUGAACACAAUUUGGUGCAGACUGGCUCAAAAAGACUACCAGGGGGAAUAACCACCAAAUAUCUCGAAACACACUCGUGUUGUUCCUUGUAGCCUUGUGUCUCUUUCACUCCAGCUGUCUUGGCCUUUUGUCUGGGGGUCUGGGGGGGCUUUUUCCUGGUUUGUGCCUAAGAGGCCGGCUGCUCAGAAUCCAUCCAUGUCUGUUUGUGCAUGUGUGUCUGCAAUUCAACAGGCACCUCUUGGUCUGUGCUACUGUUGGUUCCCCACAUUGUGUUUCUGCUAGAACAGGUCUGACUGUCGGCGACUAGGGAUGCGAGCCACUCAGACCCUCUGAAGCAGGGGUCUUCAACCCCGGUCCUCGGGGCCCACCAUCCUGCAAGUUUUAGGUGUUGCCUUGCAUCAUCUAACCUGAUUCUAAUUAAUGCUCAUCAUCAGCUUGUCAUCAAGGCCUGCACAAGUCUCUUAAUGACAGUCAUUUGUAUCCGGGUGUGUUGAAGCAGGGAAACCUCUCAAACCUGUGGGGUAGCGGGCCCUGAGGACCGGGGUUGAAGACCACUGCUCUAAAGGACUCUAUAGUUCCACUGUGGAGCCACUCAACUGGGCUUAUUUAUUCAUUUGCUCAUAUUUAACAAUAUUUGUUUAAUAUUCCAAUCAUGUGAGGUGUAACUCACUCUUCAGAAUGCCAAGAGAUGACGUGUGAAGACUACUACGAAUCGACAUACAAACAAACUGCAUUUACAAAGCUACUGUAAACAAAUGGUGGAAUAAAUUGUGCUAGAUGAAAGACUA